AUGCAGAUCUCCUCACAAACAGUCAAAACGGACGCAGACCAAUGGCGGAGAUUACCAUCAGAUGGUACGAACGGAAUUGGGAAUGAUAUUUCAAAAGACAAAAACGGCGUGGUUCCGCACAUCCUGGUCCAAAAAACAUAUGCACGCCUGAAUGAUAUUUACGCCCAAAAUCUAAUCGAAAAUUGGGCCGAGGAAGCCGAGCCAGCCAAACACGUCUUUGAAGACUUGUCGAUAGCUGCAUUUAUCAUUGAGCUGUGGAGAGGUCUAUACAGCACAGUCCCGAAGAGCGAAUCGUCCGAAACCAACAGCUCGGCGGGCUUUCCAGGAUUUGUGGAUAUGGCUUGCGGAAACGGUGUUCUUGUAUAUGUACUUCUAAUGGAAGGGUAUUCGGGACUCGGAUUUGACGCGCGGCGAAGGAGCUCAUGGAGGACUUUCCCAGAUUCCGUACAGUGUCGAUUGAUGGAGAAGGUCUUCAUUCCGAAGCCAUUCAUAGAUGUCCUUGAGCCCAAUGAGAUUGGCGCAGAAGUUGAAUCGGGGAAUUUCCCCAAGGGUACAUUUAUCAUAUCCAAUCAUGCCGAUGAGCUUACAGUUUGGACUCCAUUGAUAGCGGUUCUGGCCUGCCCCACGUCUCCUCUGCCGUUUCUUGCUAUUCCUUGCUGCUCUCAUUCUCUUUCUGGAGAUAAGUUUCGUUAUCCGCCAUCAGAAAGAGGCGAAUAUCCACAGCCGCUUGGCCAGAGUGAUCACAGCGGUUCAAAGACGGCUUUAAUUGACCCAAAUCCACAACCAGCUUCGGGAGACCUUCGGGCACUGAGGUUGUUGAAGCAAAAAGAGAAGACAGAAGAGGGCAUGUUUACUUCAAUGUAUGGAUCUUUAACAGCAAAGACCAUGCAGAUUGCUCAAGAAGUUGGCUAUGAAGUACAAAGAUCCAAGCUUCAGAUUCCAAGUACACGAGAUAUGGGCAUCACUGGAUAUCAAGAAGAAAGUGCAGCCAACCUGAAUGAAGGACUGCAGUCAAAGACCAUGCAAAUCAUUCAGCGAGAAUGCGAAAAUGAUGGUGGCAUUGAAGUGGCCGCGAAGAAAUGGGUCGAGCGUGCUCGAAGUGUCCAUUUAGCAGACGAGGAAGGAAGCACAAUACAUUAA